CUGCCCCCUGCCCGCCUCUCCCUGCCCGCCUCCAGCCUCCCCGUGCCCCCUGCCCCCUCCCGGCGCCCCCACGCCGAGACGUCCCGCCCCGGGCGGGGAAGGAGCCGCGGCCCCGCGGGCAGGCGCAGCGGCGUUACCUUUCGGGACUGAAAACACUAUUUGAGAAAACAGCAAAAUGAGUAGUCGUCGGAAACGUGCACCUCCAUCAAAAAUAGAUGAGGAGGAGAAGAAAAAGCUUUGCUGGAAUAUGCAUGAAGACCGGAGAAAUGAGGUGAUAACAAUAGAUGAUGAGAUUACUAAUGAGGACCAUGUUCCAGGUCCAAGCAGCUCUGCAUCCUUCAUUGUUAUAAAUGAUGAGAACACUGAUGAAAAUCUCAUUCAAAAAGAAGGCAAUGGCUCAAAAUCUGUGAAGUUUUUGACAGUUAAUGAUGAAGAUGAUGUUUAUUCCAUCUUGACUCCAGUGUCAGUACAGCUGAAUAUUAUAGUCUUGCCGUACCAUGAAGAUGGGCCCUGGAAGGCUUUGUUGGGAGAAUUUGCUCUUCAUCUUCCUUCAGAGCAAAUUCUAACAGACGAAUUCCAUGAAAGGAGCUUUACUUUGAAAGGAGACCCUGAUGAUCAGCUGCAGGUCUGUGUUCAUGAAAGAAGUGAAGAAGAAUACAGUAAUGAAACAAAAGAAUACCUGGGUGCUUAUGAACAACAUGUUUUGGUGCAAUCAACUUUAGGUGGUGAAAUAUUGGAAGGCUUGAGAUGGUUACAAAAGAAAAAGAUAAUUGGACUUUAUCAAAGACCUAGAGAGGUUCAAGCUUUAAAGGUUGGAAUUUACCUUCUGGAAGCUGGGCUAAGUAAGCCAGAGUUUCUGAGUGAUGGAGGUGGAAGACCCAAGAAAGCUAAUCAGCUAAUUCAGAAACUCAUGGAGAAGUUCUAUAGUUUUUUAAUUCCAGAUGAGCUGGAUGAAGAUGAGGAAGAAUCUGAUGUGGAACUGGAGAGACAAAAUAUUGAAGAGCUUUAUGACUUUGUUAGGCACACCCAUCAGCAGGAUAUCCAGUUACUGAGAGAGGAUGUGCAGCAUCCUGCGUUAAUUCCUAUUCUGAGGCCAUACCAAAGUGAGGCUGUAAACUGGAUGCUUCACCGAGAGAACCUCUCAAGCACUCCAGGCAGUGAAAAUGCACUGCACUUCUUAUGGCGAGAGGUCAUCACUCUGGAUGGAGUAAAAAUCUACUACAAUCCAUUUACUGGCUGUAUUAUCCGUGAAUAUCCGAUUGCUGGACCCCAGUGGCCUGGUGGUAUUUUAGCUGAUGAGAUGGGUCUUGGAAAAACAGUAGAAGUGUUGGCUCUAAUUCUGACUCAUACCCGACCAGACAUUAAAAAAGAUGAUCUGACAUUGCCUGAGGGUAAGCUUGUGAACUUCUUUGUUCCACCUCAACCUUUAGAAGGAAAUAAAAAGAAAAAAACAAAGGAAAUAGAGCUUAAAUUGAAGGAAAAAAUACAAUAUCCCAGCUUAAGAGUGAUGAUAUUAGCGGCUGUAAAGGAAAUGAAUGUGAAGAAAGGAGCAUCCAUUAUUGCAAUAUUUAAGUACAUCAGUGCUACGUAUAGGUAUGACAUACAGAGAAAUAGACGGCUGCUCAAAAGAGCUUUAGAAAAACUAAUCACAGAACAAGUAGUAGAGCAAGUCAAAGGACAUGGUUUGGCUGGGUCUUUCAAGCUGGGAAAGAAUUACAAGGAACAGAAGAGGCGAGAAAGAACCAAAGAGCAGAUAGGAAGGACUUCAGGAAGCAUUCAGAAGAAGCAGCUGAUUGCUGCUAAAACUCAAACCAAAGAAUCAAGAAGUAGUGAUGUCACUUCUGAAGAUGUCCUUAAAACCCCUGUAAGGGUGGAUAUCGCCAUGGAAGAGCAUGAUUAUUGUACACCUAGGAAAAAUAACAGGAAAUCUAAAGCAGAUCGUGAGAACUCCAUAAAUGAGAAUAAUGUUCAACAGGAAGCUGAGGUCCCAAAGUCCUCUGGUUUGCACAUCUGCAGUGACGUGAGCAAUCAUCCUGAUUUUGACAUUUCUAAAACUACAUCUGAUGUCAAGCAGGAAAUCGCACAGGACCAUUCCUCACAAUCCCAAGAACAUGCCAGCAGUAGUAUACAACAUGCUAGUUCUGUAUUUCCGUUUAAUACCUCUGAAUAUCGUUUUGAAUGCAUCUGUGGUGAACUUGGAUUGGCUGACUAUAAAGCUCGCGUGCAGUGCCUGAAAUGUCACUUAUGGCAACAUGCAGAAUGUGUAAACUACAAAGAGGAAAACCUGAAGAUCAAGCCCUUCUACUGCCCCCAUUGCCUCGUGGCAAUGAAACCAAUUUCUACUGGAGCAACUCUGAUAAUUUCUCCAAGUUCUAUUUGUCAUCAGUGGGUAGAUGAGAUCAACCGACAUGUAAGGUCAUCCUCUCUUCGAGUUCUGGUAUAUCAAGGAGUGAAGAAGCAUGGCUUUUUGCAGCCACACAUGUUGGCAGAGCAGGAAGUGGUUAUCACCACAUAUGAUGUCCUGCGUACGGAGCUGAAUUACGUCGACAUACCCCACAGUAACAGCGCAGAUGGGCGCCGCUUCAGGAACCAGAAGCGGUACAUGGCCAUCCCAAGCCCCCUGGUAGCAGUGGAGUGGUGGAGAAUCUGUCUUGAUGAAGCACAAAUGGUAGAAUGCACUACUGCAAAGGCUGCUGAAAUGGCACUCCGUUUAAGUGGGAUCAACCGCUGGUGUGUGAGUGGCACUCCUGUGCAGCGAGGGCUAGAAGAUCUGUAUGGUUUGGUCCUUUUCCUUGGAAUUGAUCCUUACUGGGUCAAACAUUGGUGGGACCAGCUUUUAUAUCGGCCUUACUGUAGGAAAAAUCCCCAGCCUCUCUACAGUCUGAUUGCCAAGAUAAUGUGGAGAUCAGCAAAGAAGGAUGUGAUUGACCAAAUUCAAAUCCCUCCUCAGACGGAAAAUGUACACUGGCUUCAUUUUUCUCCUGUGGAGAGACACUUCUAUCACCGCCAGCAUGAGGUGUGCUGCCAGGAUGCGCUGGCAAAACUCAGGAAGAUUUCAGACUGGACUCUGAAGCUUAGUAGCCUAGAUAGAAGGACUGUGACGUCUAUUCUGUACCCUUUGCUGCGGCUGAGGCAGGCCUGCUGUCAUCCACAAGCUGUUCGGGGAGAGUUCUUGCCAUUACAGAAAAGCACCAUGACCAUGGAGGAACUGCUAACAUCUCUGCAGAAGAAGUGUCGGACGGAGUGUGAAGAAGCGCACCGGCAGUUGGUGUGUGCUCUUAAUGGCUUAGCUGGUAUCCAUAUCAUUAAAGGAGAAUAUGCACUGGCUGCAGAGCUUUACAGAGAGGUAUUACGAUCAUCUGAAGAGCACAAAGAAAAGCUCAAAACAGACUCCUUGCAAAGACUUCAUUCUACACACAAUUUGAUGGAAUUGUUGGCAAAGCAUCCAGGAAUUCCCCCGACUUUGCGUGAUAGCCGACUUGCAGAAGAGGCAGAACAACUUCGGCAGCAUUAUAUGAGUAAAUCCAAUGCUGAAGUUGCAGAAGCCCAUCAGGCAUUACAGCCAGUUUUUCAGACCAUUCGGGAGCUCCAGAGAAAGAUACAUUCAGGCUCUCCUUGGUGGUUGGAUGUCAUCCAGACAGCAAUCCAGUAUGCCAUUGAUGAGGAGCUUGUUCAACGUGUGCAAAAUGAAAUAACCAGCAACUACAAACAGCAGACUAAUAAACUCUCUAUGGCAGAGAAAUUCCGUGACUGCAGAGGCCUUCAAUACCUGCUCACAACCCAGCUGGAUGAAGUGAAGAAGUUCCAGAAGAUUGUAAGAGAAGCCGUGAAAAACUUAGAAGGCCCUCCGUCUAAGCAGGUUAUUGAGGCUGCCACUAUCUGCCAUUUGAGACCUGUUAGACUUCCACUUAACAACUGUGUCUUUUGUAAGGCUGAUGAGUUGUUCACAGAAUAUGAGUCAAAGCUCUUUUCUCAUACUGUUAAAGGCCAAAUGGCAAUAUUUGAGGAGAUGAUAGAAGAUGAAGAAGGGCUUGUUGAUGACCGUUUGCCCACCACAAGCAGAGGAUUGUGGGCAACCAGUGAAACUGAACGUGCCUUGAAAGCUCUUCUCUCCUUUGCCAAAGCUCACCGAAUGGAUGUUAAGCUCACUGAAGAAGGCAGCAUAUUUCUGGAACUCUAUGAAGCGUGGAAAAAGGAAUAUAAGUUACUUCAUGAGUACUGGAUGGUACUGAGGGAUCACGUGUCUGCUAUUGAUGAACUGGCGAUGGCUACGGAACGGCUGAGGGUGCGUCAUCCUGAUGAGCCCAAGCCAAAUCCACCAGUUCUCUACAUCAUAGAACCACAUGAGGUAGAGCAAAAUCGAGUGAAGCUUUUGAAUGACAAGGCAGUUGCCAAAUCACAGCUUCAAAAGAAAUUAGGACAACUUCUGUAUCUCACUAAUUUGGAGAAAUCUCAGGAUAAAACUACUGGGGGAGUUAACCCAGAACCAUGUCCAAUCUGUGCACGUCAGCUGGGAAAACAGUGGGCAGUGCUGACAUGUGGACAUUGUUUUUGUAAUGAGUGUGUAGCUAUCAUCAUAGAACAGUACAGUGUUGGCAGCCGCCGGAGCUCAAUUAAGUGUGCCAUUUGCAGGCAGACAACAUCUCAUAAGGAAAUAUCUUAUGUCUUCACUGCAGAAACUGCAAAUCAGGAGGAUGAUAUUCCUGUAAAGGUGCAAGAGAGAUGUCAUGAAAAUAGCUGGUUUCCUUCUAUGUCUAUGACACAGAGUCGGAAUCACUAUGGAAGACGCUGGGAAAUAAAAUGUCACUCCACCAAAGUGGAAGCUGUGGUCCGAACACUGAAGAAAAUUCAGUUUAAAGAUCCAGGAGCUAAAUCCUUAGUUUUCUCAACGUGGCAAGAUGUGUUGGACAUAAUUUCAAAAGCUUUGUGUGACAACAACAUGAUUUUUUCUCAGAUCAAUGGAAUUAGUAAAUUUCAGGAAAAUCUCUCUGCAUUUAAAUAUGACCCCAACAUCAAUAUUUUGCUGCUGCCCCUUCACACUGGUUCCAAUGGACUAAACAUCAUCGAAGCAACUCACGUUCUGCUUGUGGAACCCAUUCUGAAUCCUGCACAUGAGCUACAGGCUAUUGGCAGAGUACAUCGUAUUGGCCAAACAAAACCUACCAUUGUUCAUAGGUUCCUGAUAAAAGCAACAAUAGAAGAGAGAAUGCAGACUAUGCUGAAAACUGUAGAUAGAAGCCACACGAGCUCUUCCAUGAAACAGUCAGAAGCCUCAGUUCUGACAGUGGCAGAUCUGGCUGACCUUUUUACAGAGGAAACUGAAGAACUUGAGUGAAAACACUAGCCUAGUGAAAUCAGAAAGUACCUGACCUAAUAAGCACCGGUAUUUAACCCACUUGAUCUGUCAUUCCUGUAAACAUCAUCUAAUAUUUGACUGUAACAGAGCUGUUGGAAAAUGAGAAGUCUUAAUCAUUAGUUUUAGUCUGUGGUGAAGUACUUAGCAGCACACACUUCUGAUGGCACUGGAUAAAACUUGCACUUUGCACAUUACACAAAAACAUGGAUUUUAUUCCCAAAGAGCAGUUGAGCUGGAUGCUGAAACUGAAAUCUUGGACCCUUGAUUGAGAGGAUUUUUACCGUCAGGUUUGAUUGGCUAGUAGCUCAGUCUGAGAGCAAAAUUAUGUGGGUGGUUGGGUGGGAAAAGGAAGCAGAAAAAACACAAAUUAAUUUUUUUAUUGUACAAAGAAUUGUUAGAAAGAAUUACUGUAAAUUAAUAUUCUUCUAGAAAGGGCUUGUUAGCAUUUAAUGCAGAGUUACUGAAUGACUUAUUGGUAACACUUUAAAUGACUACUCUUUACUAAUAAUUUGGAUAUUUGUAUUAGACUUUUAGAUAUUCAUAAUGACUCGUGACAGUUAAAAAUUUCAUUGUUAAUGCUUACUGCAAAGUGAUUAUAAUUAAAUUAUGCCUUUUGUAUGUAUGUUGGUCUGGUAAUCAGUUAGAUUCUUGAACUUACUGUACAUGUUUUCAUUUAUUCUUGAAGCCAUGACUAAUUUAGUGCUUUGUUUAAGUAAAAAGUAAUGUGUUUGUUACAGAACCUUUAAAAAAUUAAUUGGUUAAGCUGCUGAUCACUUUAUAAUAAUUUGCUGCUUGUGUACAUUUUUUUGCCCUGAUUUUUUUCUCUAGUUCUCCCUGAAGAUGCAACAAUCUGAAUAUUCAAAAUCAGUCAAAUUAAGGUAGGCAGUAAUUACUAGGCACCUAUUCGGAGUUAGAUAAUCAGCAGAGAGAGAUGAAACUUGUGAAACUUCAUCCUCAGAUAUGUGUGAUGACUCUGCCCCAUCUCUGUUGACAGUAGAGAGAUUAGAAGACCAAUCUAGGCUAACUUUUAGACUGCAGAAAGUAGACAAGAUAAAUUUUAAGCCUUUUGGCAUAGGUUAUGGAUACACAUUAACAUAACGUGUCUGGAGUUAUUACAGAAGCAAGUUCAGUUAUCCAGUUGAUGUGAAACACAAUUUUGUGUUUAAGAGACAAAUGUAUAUGCAUAAGUGUCAGACUACUUCCCUCAAAUUACAGUAUUUAUUGUUUCAGAUUUUCGAGUAUUUUAGAAGUGUCACCAGAGGUUGAAUCUGAGUCCUUAAAAAAAUCUCACCUUAGAAUAUUUUGUCUAAUCAUGUCUGCUAAAUAGAUUAACUGUGUAGUUAUUAAGCUUCUUGAGCUCUCUCUUGAAACAGACUACAUUUUACUUGCACCGUUUGGGUAUUAAGCCUAUCUGCAUGGCAGACAACUUUUCCACUGCUGACAACACACAUGAAUAGAAUUUACAUUAAUAAUAUUGUAUAAAGAAGUGGGGUUUUUUUGUAUUUAUAGUCUGUUAUCCUUCUGGACUAAUUAGGUAUUUUGUUCUAAAGACUAUUUUAGUAAAUUAACAGACAGCGUAUCUUUAUUUCCCAUAUUUGUAAUAUGUAUAAACUCUUAUUUAUAUAUUUUGUUUUGGAGAUUACAGAUUUUUUGCAGAUUACAGUUUGCAGCAAGGGAAAUAAAUAGAUAGUAGACUUUUUUUAAGUUAGAUGGAUCAAACUGUUUGUACAGAUACUGUGACAUCUCCAUCCUUGAAUGUACUGGGAACUCAGAUGACCCUGAGCAACCUGAUCCAGAUUCAAAGUUGGCCCUGCCUUGAGUGGUGUGUUGGACCAGAUGACCUCCAUGGAUCCUAUCCAGCCUAAAUUGUUCUACAGUGUACUGGAGAUCAUGUUGUACAGACACUCCAGGAACUCUGAAGGAAGCAACAUCCAGUUUCCUCUUUGUCCUCAGAGAAUUUUAAUAUUUUACAAUGUAAUGUGAGUGAACAAGGAGCUCCUGUUCACUCUUAGAAAUUACAUAUCUAUGUCAAAAAAAUCUGGAAACAAAUAGUGUUUACAUUUUAAGUAACUAGAUGUGGGAAUAGCAGUUGUCAGUGAAUGUGAAGAAAGAGGAGACUGAAAAAUACCUGUUAUGAGGGGUUUCCCAAGCUCUUCAAGGUUUUGGCUUAUUUCUAUAAAGACAGUAGUUUAUUGAUUAUUUACAAAAAUGUGGCUUUUGGAUUCCUAACCAAAUGCACAGCUUCUCAUCAAGCAGUGCAUGAGUCUGUAGUCCCGACUUUUUUUUUUUUUCAUGCUCACAUAACAGCAUGGAAUGCCAGAGAUGUGGUUCUAGGUGCUCUUCUGACUGCCCUGGAGUACCCAGACUGUGGGAUGAGCAGGUUCAUGGUGUGUGGCUGAAGGGCAGAGUUCAAAUGGUUGUAGUGAAUGGGGCUACAUCUGGCUGGUGACCGGUCACCAGUGGUGUUCCUCAGGUCUCACUUCUAGGGUAAGUUCUGUUCAAUAUAUUUAUAAAAGAUCUGGAUGCAGGAGUUGAAUACACCAUUAGGAAGUUCACUGAUGAUACCAAAGUGGGAUGUGCUGCUGACUCUCUUGAGGGACAGGAGGCCUUGUAGAGGGAUCUAGAUCAGUUUAGGCAUUGGGCUGUGAUUAAUGGGAAGGAAUUCAACAAUUCGAAAUUCUGCUCCUAAGACAGAGUAAUGCUGAGCAUUAACUGGGGAAAGUGUGGCUAGAGAGCAGCCCUGCAGAAAGGGAUCUUGGGGUGCUGGCUGACAGCAGGCUCAGUGUGAGUUAGUAGCAUUCCCUGGAAGCCAGGAGGGCAAACUGCAUCCUGGGGACCAUCAAACAGCAUCAGCAGCUGGCCGAAAGAGGAGAUAAUCCUAUUGUUAUCGGGAUCAUUAUUGGCAUUUGUGUGGCCUGACCUUGAUGCAGCUCUAGGCCCCAAAAUGUAAGAAGGAUGUUCAGGUCCUUGAGUGCAUCCAGAGAAGGGUUCAAAGCUGUGCCAGGAGAGGUGUAGACUGGACAUGAGGAAACAUUGCUUUUCUGAUAGGGUGGUCAAACACUGAAACAUGCUUUCUAGAUGGGUGAUCGAUGCCCCAACCCCAUCAGUGUCUGAGGCAUAUGGACAAUGCCCUUAAUAACAUGCUUUAACCUGGUUAGCCCUGAAUUGGUCAAGUGGUUGGACUAGAUGAUGGCUGUUGGUCUCUUCCAACAGAAAUAGUCUCUUCUAUUCUAUGAGAGAACGGCAUUUAAAACACCAAGGUGCAUUCAACCAUUUUAAAUUGCUUGUUCUGCACUAAUAGAGCACAUGUGUAUAUUCAUAGAUAUAUUCAGCUUGUCACUUGGGACAACCAAAUACUUACUAUUAAGAUUGCAUAUCGGAAUAGGGCCACAGCUCCACUAAGUACUUAAUAUGCAUUUAUUAAAAAAAAAACCAAAACACAACAACUUUGGGGUACAUUGAUAAGGAAUACAUUUUCUAGAAAAUUGACAAAGCCAUUGUAUUUGACAUAUUUUCACUUCUUCAACUGUGUCAUUUUUUGUUUUCCUUAUCCCCCACAUACGGUUGACUUGGUUUCUGUGCUGUACUGGAAGCUUUGAAGCAGCACUAGAACAAAUGGUGAGGGAACAGAGGUCACAUUUGACUGAAGUGAUGAGCACCUACGUUUACAUCAUCAAAUGGGAGGUCUGCUUAAGCAAUGUGGAAGUCAACUAGAGUCUUUUUUUGCGAGGGGAUUAUUUUUGUGUAAUUUCCAGACAUUACUAUAUUGGGCUGUGGAGCGAUAAUUCCUGGAAAUGCCUCUUCUAUUUCCCCUUUGGCAACCCAGGCCCUGUGAAUGGGAAGUCUUGGUUGCAAAAAGUUUCUGAUCUCCUGUUUGUUAACAUAAAGGCCAUUUCCUGCUCACUAAAGGACAUUUGCUCACAAAAUGACAAAUAAUGAUACUAAUUCUUCCUUCUCCCAUGUAAAUAAAUGCACAUUUAUAUUUUAAGAGUGCAUUCAGCAGGUGCAAGCAGCAGAAUUGGUUUCUAUUCCAGCUUUUCCCAAAAUACUGAAAAGUAAACAAAAGCAGUACAGGUGUAAAGCUAACAGCUCCUCCCUACAAUGUUGGGUUUUUUUGUUUGUUUGUGGGUUCUUUUAAUGAGGCACUUUUAAAAUAUGUACACUCUUAAUUCUGCACCAGAUACACCUGAAUAUGACAUGAGAUCUUCCACAGUGCACUACCACUCCCUUAAAUGCAUGCCACCUUCAUAGUGUUAACCUUCAAAUACCACAGAGAGCAUGCUGCAUGUCUAGUCCACACAGGAGGGGGACCAGCAGAAAGGAAAGUACAUACAUGUGGUUUUUGACUUCUGCAAAGCCCUAGUAAAGCGAUGUAGGACUUUGUGGAAAUUAUUAUACUGUGCUAACUGCUACCACUAUUGUUAGGUCCUGAAAGCAGAUCUGAUGAAAAGACAUUCUGACCUACAGCUCCUCAUACAGAGGUAGAAAGCCCUGAGCAUUUCACAACCAGCCAGAAAAGCGAUGGAGUGACUGUCUCUGUGUCCUGUUGAUCCAUUCGUACCUGCUGCUGCUGUUGCACAGCCUGUAGUGGAGCUGGAACCUGUACUGGAGCUGGAGCAGACAGGAAGAAGAUUGGGGGAAAGUUUAGAGGAACAGCUGUAAAUUCUUCCUCUGUGUGCCAUUUUGCUGAUUUUCUGGUGGGAGGAAUGAGUCACUGAUAGGAGCAAUGAAUAAACAAAGGGUGUAAGAUUCUAAGCCUAACCUAUUCAUUGCAGCUUAAUGUUUAUCUAAAUGCAGUGGCACAUUUUGUGUGUUUGCAAUUUGAGAUUAUCAUCAUUUUCGUACUGAAAUCUUGGAUAUGGAUAUAGAGGGCUUUGCAGCAGUUAAGCAAAUGGGAAUAUUGAAAGGUUGUACCCCUGUGAUUCGUGCUUUAAUGUGCACCUAAGAAGAGUCACAGGACUCCCUAAGCAAGUUUAUGCUGUGGAUUUGUGAAGGAUAACAGUUCAAACUCGUAAGAUACAAAAUUAUAGAGCUCCCUGAAACAAACUGGCAAGUUUUACUUAAUAAGGGAAAGGUAGUUAAUCACAUUUGCUGUACAUGCACAAGUGUCUCUGAAGAGGCAAGACAGUGGACUUGGUAAUUGCCACUUGGGAAGUUCUGCACAGAGCAAACUUCCAUGUCAGCAGAGGGGGUGAUAGAAAUGAGGCUACACGAGUCCUGUUGUGCAGGGAAACAGAGUGCUGAGAAGUCUUGCCAAAGGUGUUGGUCUGCUAUGUCAGAAGAGGGCUGUGUCACAGACAGUUGUGGGAAUUUCCCCUUUUGCAUACUGUAAUCAUUGGGCAUCUUGUAAGCAGAGAUGUUCUGUGAAGUUUCUACAAUGCUUAAGAUGUACUUCCUUCAUCAGCAAGCUAUCACUAUUCAAAAGAACUUUCCUGUUUUCUCUGGGGAGCAUGUAUUUCUUUUUUGUUAGUCAUUCUUAACAAAGUCGAGUGCCUCUGAAUCAUUUACAGCUCUCAUUAAAAUCUUCCAAAGUAGAUGUGAAGGACAUAAAAAACCAAAGAGAUAAACAAAGUGGGUGAAGUGGGAGAGGUUUUACUUCUGCCUAGUAAAGGGCACACUCUGCUGCUGCUGGAGCACAAGAGAAAAAUGUACUAGUGGGAGUUUGGUAGGGCUUUGAUCUGAUCCUGUCCUAGGGGAAUGGACUCUAAGCUAGGUAGAAAAGGCUUUCUGAGUCUCCACUGACUCUGCACUGCAGGAAUCCUGUUGUUGGGUGCAGGACACCAUUUGGUCGUUUUUUGAGGCACUUGUUUCUGUGGAGGGGCUUUAAAGCCCAAAUGCAUGACCCAGGACUUCAAGUCUCGAGAGAUUCUUUCACCUUCCAUUGAACUGAAUAGAAUUCCACCUUCUACUCCCACCACAGAAGCAGCUGGAAGGACAAAGAGAGAGGUCUUCAGAGAUACCCUGACUUAGAACUGCAGAGAGAAGUUUGAUACAGACUGUGCUUUGCAGCAUGUUUGCUGUUUUACUGGCUGCUUCUGUGCUGAUUUUUUUAACUUCAGCAGAAGGUGCUGACACGGGAGAGGGUGAGUUGAGUAUUUUUCUUGAAGAAAAUAACCAUUGUAGAUUACUGUAAAAGGGUAUAUCCAUACAAAAGCUGUAGCGACACAGAAACUCUGUAGGCAAGGUUCCUAACAUAGGCUUUUGUCAGGUAAUUGUCAGCUUUAAAACCUGAUGUUAAAUCAAAAUUUAUCAUAGCUAUGUAAUAACAGAAGGCAGUGAGUGCUUCCUGGUGUCAUACUGUUGUACAGUGGGAAGUACAAUAAUUUUAGACAGUACCAAAACAAAAUUUCUUUUGUAACCUCUAUAUUAGUUUUCUACUUUAACUUUGUUGCUUACAAAAAGAUAGCUAGAGCCUUUGUAAGGUUUUAAAUCUAAAUAGAUGCAGAUUAAAAAUAAAAUGGUCAGUUGCCUUAGGGCCAGCUGUGCCAGUUCCUCAUUUAUUCGUGUUAUUAUUUGGUUACUAUAAUAACAUUACAUUUUAAAAUAAUUUGCAAAUUAAUCUUGAUAUAGGUCCUUCAAUUAAGUACACUUAAAUUUUUACUUUUUUCAAAUACUGUUUUAUUAAUUAAAUUACUAUAAAGUCUAUAAAUUACCUACUUUUUGAUAGAAAAUGUUUAUAUAUAUAUGUAAAUAUACAUAUAAACAAGUGCUUUGUCAGAUAUUUGCAAGCAAUUUGAUGUCUCCUAAUUUAAUUAGAGAUUUCAGUGUGGAAACAGAGAAUAACUGAAUUGUUCUAGUUAAUAGAAUGGUGAAACUAAUCAGCUUUUCUAGUGGCAAGGUAAUGACUUUUAGAAAGCAACAUAUGGUAGAGAAAAAAGCAGUUUUAUAUUGUGUUCCAAAACUGAAAUUCAUGGGUGAUGAGCCAAGGAAGUAUUUUGAUUACCUGAUCUGUUUCCUUGCAUUUUAUAGACACUGUAAUUUCAGUGAAAUAAUUUAUCUAGAAAGUAGCAAAACUAAGUUUUUGUUUGGAAAUAGUCAGGGAUGGAUAAAUGUACAACUUAAUGUUCCUUUGGUCUCUGAAUAAAUUAACAUUCCUGUCAAUAGUGCUUCUUUUGCAUUCAUAAUUUGCUGUCAGAAUUCCAUCAUACUGUCUCUGUAAGGUUCACAGCUAUUUCAAAGUAUUUGUGAACACAAAUGUUUGUCUUAUAUUGCCCUGCUACUGAAAGUAUACUGAUUGUUGCAAUAGUCAUUAAAUAUCCUUCCUCUUA